GCCACGCUGCAGAGGCUACAUGCUGCUGUGUCUUCUUAGAGAAAUGUGACAUUUAUCUUCUCUUGUCUAAGCUGUAAUUGUGGUGAGACAGUAAGCUAACUUGCACUGCAACUUGAAAUCAUGUCGCCUAAAAAGAUGCCUCCGAAGAAGGGCGGGGACGGACCAAAACAGCCCCCACUGAUAGGACGCUUCGGGACCUCAUUGAAAAUCGGCAUCGUGGGACUGCCUAAUGUGGGGAAAUCCACGUUCUUUAACGUUCUGACCAAGAGCCAGGCGGCGGCGGAGAACUUCCCCUUCUGCACCAUCGACCCCAACGAGAGCAGGGUUCCGAUCCCUGACGAUCGCUAUGACUACCUGUGCAAGUACCACAAGCCCGCCAGUAAGGUGCCUGCGUUCCUGAACGUGGUGGACAUCGCUGGCCUGGUAAAGGGCGCCCAUGCUGGCCAGGGCCUUGGCAACGCCUUCCUGUCCCAUAUCAGUGCCUGCGACGGCAUCUUCCACAUGACCCGUGCAUUUGAGGAUGAGGACAUCAUCCACGUGGAGGGCAAUGUUGACCCGGUGCGGGACAUCGAGAUCAUCCAUGAGGAGCUGCGUCUGAAGGACGAGGAGAUGAUUGACCCCAUCAUCGAAAAGCUGGAGAAGGUCGCCGUCAGAGGGGGAGACAAGAAGCUCAAGCCUGAAUACGACAUCAUGAUUAAAGUUAAGAACUGGGUCGUUGAACAGAAGAAACAUGUCCGUUACUACCCAGACUGGAAUGAGAAAGAGAUCGACGUGCUGAAUAAAUACCUGUUCCUGACGUCCAAGCCCAUGAUCUACCUGGUGAACCUGUCCGAGAAGGACUACAUCAGAAAGAAGAACAAGUGGCUGGUGAAGAUUAAGGAGUGGAUCGAUGUCCAUGACCCAGGCGCUCUGGUCAUUCCUCUGUGUGGCGGUCUGGAGGCCAAACUGCAGGAGAUGGACGAGGAGGAGAUGAAGAAGUACUGCGAUGAACACAAAACCCAGAGUGUACUAACUAAGAUCAUUAAGAGUGGCUAUGCAGCUCUGCAGCUGGAGUACUUCUUCACCGCAGGACCAGAUGAAGUGCGUGCGUGGACCAUCAGGAAAGGAACCAAGGCCCCUCAGGCAGCUGGGAAGAUUCACACCGACUUUGAGAAAGGUUUCAUCAUGGCUGAAGUCAUGAAGUUUAAUGACUUCAAAGAGGAAGGGAGCGAAGUUGCAGCUAAGGCUGCUGGCAAGUACAGACAACAGGGUCGGAACUACACAGUGGACGACGGUGACAUCAUCUUCUUCAAAUUCAACACGCCGAAUCAGCCCAAAAAGAAGUGAUGAUAUAGACAGAGUGGACUGUACCAUUGGGUGAAAUGAGAGGGGAUUAUUUUACACACAGCAAUCCUCUGAGCUUUCUCUUUUUGUUUUGUUUUUUUGGACACCCCCCUCCUUCAACAUGGUGGCAUCCAGGCCAUCCCUAUCACCUCCUCAUUCUUUUGCUCUGUCUCAUGCUGCCUACACACAGAAUCACAGACACAGCUUAAUGAAUCGCUGUUGUGUGUGUACGCGGGCGAUCUAUGAAUGUGUAUAGAGCAGCUGGAGUGAAGUGUGUGAUUCCAGCUCCAUCUAGAGUGAAGUGUGUGAUUCCAGCUCCAUCUAGAGUGAACUGUGUGAUUCCAGCUUUGCAGAGCUAAAGGCUGCUCAAGCCUCUGCUCUUCUCUCCUGCACCAUAAACUGCAUGUGACACAGCAAACCCCAACAUCUCUCAAUAAAACACCUGCAAAAACUG